AUGUCAACAAAUGAUAAUGGUUCUAGGUUACCUGUGUGGGCACUAACACCAACUGAAGAAUUAGAAGCAAGACAUAAUUUAAAAGACUUUACUCACCAGCAAUGUGCCGAUGUUGUCGCUGAUAUGAUGAAUUGUGCAAAAGAGCAUGGUCUUAAGGCAUUUCCAGCAUGCAAUAAACAGAAAGAGGCCAUGAGUAGAUGUCUACUAUUUUAUCAAAAGGAUCCAAAAUACUUAGAUGCUGAAAGAGAUAAAAUUAUUAGAAAAAAAAUUCAAAAAUUAGAACUGGAUAUGAAAAAAUCAAACUCUGCGAACCCUACUGUAAAUUAA